AUGGUGCUGUAUGCUCAGACAGGACCGGGCUCUCGUACCGGCAAGUUGAUCAAGUCCUUCUGGGCCAUCACCAAAGGCGAACAACAAAUUGCCAACAACCACUCCGCCAAGCUGUACCUCCAAGGAUGCAAAGUCUUUUGCGAGCAAAAGACAGCCGUCAAGUGUGUUGAGGUUCUCAUCUCCAACUCGGCUGGUAUCACCGCUCUGGAGAGAGCUGUGCGUGCCGAUUUGAGUACCGACUUUAUCACAUCGACCACCUUGCCCUUCAUCCAUGCUCUUUCGGACCCUGGCGUCGCAUCACUCAACGAUGGUCGCUUCCUUCGACAACUUCUAUCGGCUAUUCUUGAACCAGCCACAUUCUGGUCUGCUUUGCUGCCCGUCUAUUACAGUGGCAGACUUGAUGAUGCCGGCCUUAAAGCCUUCGCGUGGCUCUGCCUUCAGAUCGUAUCUGACCAGAGCGGGAGUCUUGAUGCCCAUCGGAUUGGAGUCCAAAACCUAAUGGAGGACAAGUCCCUCCUUAAGUCUCAAUCAACAGAAGUCCGGAAGAUCGCCUACCGCAUCGAAAAAGUUCUCAGCGCCUUUACUCUUCCCAACGUCGCAACCGGCGGCGUCAGUCCCGGAGGGCGCCACGACAACGACCAUGCGGACUUUCGCAAGAUCUCCAUCUAUCCCACUUCGGAUGAGCUUCUAGCAACUGAUGAGCCGUACCUCCAGCGUCUUGCAGAUGUCUUUGACACGGCCAAGGACACGAGAGGCCCUGCUUACCGCGACUGGCUCUUUCGCCUACUUCGGGAGGACAUGCUCUCUGAGAUACGCGAAGAUCUACAGACUGCCACAGGGCAGAAGAAGAGCAAGCGCAAGCCUGUUGCUUUAUCUCAGUUGUAUCUCGUUGGCCUCAAUGACGUGAACGGAAACAACGCGAACGCACAAAGGCCCAGGCCCAGUCUUCCGUACACCCUCAACGUCGCAUGCAACCAGGGCAUUUAUUUCCCAAAGAAGCUUCCCAAGGGCGGUAAGAAGGGUUUUCUGGAGGAAACCAAACAGUUCAUGAAGCAUGAUUCAUUUGGCGCUCUCUGCUGUGGCAAGGACAUCGUCGCAUUUGGAUCACUCGUCAGAGACAUCCACAACCUCAUCCAAACGCCCCCAGUCAUUGGCAUCAGAUUCACCGACGAUUUAAGCCUGGGAAAGGCACUUGAAGCUCUCCGAGGCCCCGACCAGCAAAGCCUGAGAUUCCUUCUUGUUGAUACGGCAACGUUUGCCUACGAGCCCAUCCUCAAGCGGCUCCAGACCAUGACGGAGCUGCCACUUGAGGGCCAACUGAUCGACUCCGAAGAGCCUUCUCAAGAUAGGGAAAUACCAGAAAGGCUGGGCCAGUUGAUAAGGCAGUUAAAGACGACUUCUGCUCAUGGCCAGGAAGCCAUGAUGCCAGGGAACAUGCGCCUAGAGAAGAACAUCAUGCUCGAAGGCGCCCAGCUCGAGUCCUUCAUUAACGGCCUGAGCCAAGAACUCGCAUUGAUCCAAGGCCCGCCUGGAACGGGAAAGUCAUUCCUGGGUGCGCUCAUUCUGGUUGCCAUUCUUCGCCUGACAACCCGUCGUAUUCUUGUUCUGAGCUACACGAACCACGCCCUCGAUCAGUUUAUGGAAGACCUCAUGAACAUGGGCGUUAAGCCCGACCAAAUGGUCCGCCUUGGCUCCAAGUCCACUGAAGCUACCAAGAGCACCCUUUUGAGAGAGUACGAUCGGCAGAAGGAAUACUGGCUGACUCCAGAAGAGAAGUCCAUCCGCAACCGUCUCCAGGCAGAAUCGGCGUCUAUUUGCAGCGAACUCGAGAGCUGCUGCAAGAAACUCUCAGGACACAUUAAUUCGGGCGAUAUUAUCGAGUAUUUGGAGUUUUCCGACGGCUUCACCCCUGCCUGGGCGGCAUUCCAAGUCCCCGAAGACGACGGCUUCCAGAUUGUUGGCGCAAACAACAAGGCUCUCACACCAGACACUCUCUACGACUUCUGGUACAAUGGCUAUCUGGCCACCCAGUUCGGCGGGCUUCUUCAGUCUUUGGAUCCCUCGGCCCAAGUGGUCUGGGGGCUCCCGCCUGAACAGAGGCAGCAGCUUCACUCUCAGUGGUUGUAUGCUGUUUGUGCAGAGCAGAAAGACACAUUUGUCGAGCUCAGCAAACGGUACCAAGAAAUUGAGGUCGAGAUCAAGAGCAUUAGAAACGAGAGUGCACGAAGGGUUCUCAAGGACAAACGAAUCAUUGCGUGUACGACAACUGCCGCGGCGAUGCAACAGUCCAUCAUCGAGACGGCCAACCCCGAUGUCAUUCUUGUCGAAGAAGCCGGAGAAAUCCUCGAAGCUCAUGUCAUCACGGCCCUGAGCCCUUCUGUCAAGCAGAUCAUUCUCAUCGGUGAUCACAAGCAGCUGCGACCCAAGGUCAGCGACUACAAGCUCACCAAGGAAAAAGGUGAAGGCUACGACUUGAACGUGUCUCUGUUUGAGAGGCUGGUCUGCCAAGGCCGCCACUUCACAACCCUUCAAGAGCAGCACCGCAGUCAUCCAGACAUAUCAUUCUACCCACGCAUGCUGGCCUAUCCCGAACUGAAGGACAUGCUAUCGACUCACGAACGCGCUCCUAUCCGAGGUUUGAAGAGUCGAGUAACCUUUGUGCAUCACCAACACCCCGAGGAUUUGAUGGCCGAUGUGGCUGAGCGCCGUGAUCCAACGGCCAAGGCCAGCAAGAGGAACCAAUUUGAAGCGGACAUGGUUUUGAAGAUGGUCAAGUUCUUGGGCCAACAGGGAUACAAGACCGAGAACAUGGUUGUGCUCACCCCGUACCUCGGUCAGCUCUUCCUUUUGAGGGGGAUUCUCCGCCAAGAGACUGAUCCAUACCUCAACGACUUGGACUCACAUGAGCUCGUGCGAGCCGGGCUACUCACCCAAGCCAGCGCCAAGGUGAACAAGAAGUCGCUUCGUCUUUCCACCAUCGACAAUUACCAGGGAGAAGAGUGCGACAUUGUCAUUGUGUCAUUGACUCGCAGCAACGCGUCCGGCGACAUUGGUUUCCUCCAGGCCCGCGAACGCUUGGUGGUGCUCUUGUCCAGAGCCCGCAAUGGGUUGAUCAUCUUUGGCAACAUGGACACCUUCAUGAAGAGCAAGAAGGGAGGUGAGAUGUGGACAGAGUACUUUGAUGCUCUGAAGAAGAACGAGUGUCUGUUUGAUGGUGUACCUGUCUUCUGCGAGCGUCAUCCAGAGACAUCUAUGCUGUUGAAGUCCCCAGGUGACUUUGAUGCCAUGUGUCCUGAUGGAGGAUGUGCAGAGCCUUGUGGUGUCAAGCUGAGUUGCGGCAAGCACACCUGCCGCAGACGCUGCCAUCGGUUGCAAGAUCAUUCACAAAUCGUCUGCCAAGAGCAAGUCGAGCGAACAUGCGACAGAGGUCACAAGUCCAAAGUCCCCUGCGGAGAUACCUCUGGCAGCUGCAAAACCUGUGCCAAAGAAGACGAAGAUAACCGUCGAAGAAUCGCUCGCAACUUGGAGCUCGAGAGGAAGCGUCAGGAACUGCAAGACAAAUACCGGCGUGAUCUGCAGGAGAUGGACGAUGAGAUCGACCACCUUCGUCGUACCAUGAAGUACGAGACGGAAAAGGAGCAGCAAGCAGAAGCUCUGAAACAGAAGAAGGAGGAGCUGAGAGCCCUUCGAGAGGCUGAAGCCAACUUGGAUAAGGUCAAGAAAGCCCAGCAAACAAACUCGACGCAGCCAGCAACCCCAGACCCUACACCUCAGUCCAACUCUUUCUCCAGCGCUUCCAACGAAUGGAAGCACAUGAAACAGACCGAGGGUGCCAGCAACUCUGCAUUGGACAAGCUCAUGGGCAUGAUCGGACUCGAGGCCGUCAAGGAGGAGAUGCUCUCCAUGAAGUCCUUCGUGGACACAAAGCUGCGUCAAGGUUUUACGCUGAGCGGGGAGAGAUUCAGCUGUUCAAUGCUUGGGAACCCAGGAACUGGCAAAACAACUGUCGCUCGUAUCUAUGGUGAAUUCCUCACCUCAGUCGGUGCCAUCGCUGGGAACUGUUUUGAAGAGGUGACAGGCUCCAAGCUGGCCAACUUGGGCGUAUCGGGCUGUGAGAAACUUCUCGAAAAGAUCAUGAAUAAUGGCGGAGGUGUCAUGUUCAUUGACGAGGCCUACCAGCUCACCUCCGGCAACAGUCCCGGCGGCAAAGCCGUCUUGGACUUUCUGCUUGCGGAAGUUGAGAACCAAAGAGGCAAGAUCGUCUUUGUUCUGGCGGGAUACAGCAAGGACAUGGAGUCGUUCUUUGCUCAUAACUCAGGCAUCCCAAGCCGAUUCCCCAUCGAGAUGAAGUUUGAGGACUACACCAAUGAGGAACUGCUGAGCAUCCUGCAACUCCAGACUCAUCGCAAGUUCAAGGGGAGAAUGAAGGUAGAGGAGGGCCCAGAUGGCCGCUUCUUCCGCAUCGCGUGUCGACGAAUCGGUCAUGGGCGUGGAAAGAACGGCUUUGGCAACGCCCGUGCUGUCGAGAACUGCCUUCAACGCAUCACUAUCAGACAGGCAGCAAGAAUCAGGAGGGAACGCAAAGCGAAACAAAAGCCAGAUGAUUUACUACUCAGCCGGGAAGACAUCAUCGGGCCAGAGCCAUCUGAAGCGUUGACCAAGAGCAAAGCGUAUCGAGAGCUCAAUUGUCUGAUCGGACUUCAAGAAGUCAAGGAUGCUCUCAAGAUGCUGAUGGACACGCUCAAGACGAACUAUCAGCGCGAGCUAGAUGAGCAGCCCCUUGUCGAAUUCUCCCUCAACAAGGUCUUUCUGGGAUCCCCUGGAACCGGCAAGACGACAGUGGCCAAGCUGUACGCUAAGAUCCUCACAGACCUUGGGCUCUUGUCAAACGGCGAGGUCGUGGUGAAAAACCCAGCCGACUUUGUGGGAGCGCAUAUUGGCCAGUCCGAGGUUCAGACAAAGGGUAUCCUAGCCUCGACAGUAGGCAAGGUCCUCGUCAUCGAUGAAGCAUAUGGCCUCUAUGGAGGAGGCAAGAAGACUUCGGGUACCGAUAUCUUCAGGACAGCUGUGGUGGACACCAUCGUUGCCGAGAUUCAAAGCGUACCCGGAGAAGACCGAUGUGUACUCCUUCUUGGCUACAAGGAUCAAAUGGAGGAGAUGUUUCAAAACGUCAACCCCGGCUUGAGUCGACGUUUCCCCCUCUCAUCCGCUUUUGUCUUUGAAGACUUUGACGAUGUUGCCCUUGCCAAGAUUCUCGACAUGAAGCUGGGCAAGAAAGGUUUCUCGGCUACCGACAAGGCCAAGCAGGUGGCACUCGACGUUCUCCGCAGAGCAAGGAACCGCCCCAACUUUGGAAACGCUGGCGAGAUUGAUAUUCUCCUCAACGAAGCUCAGGCAAGCCACCAGAAGCGUGUCUCUAGCGGCAAGGUCAGAAGACACGGCAAGUUAGAAGCGAUCGACUUUGAUGCGGACUUUGACAGAGCUGAAAGAGGGGACACUGACAUCAAGAAACUGUUUGAGGGUGAUGUCGGACGAGACAACCUCAUCUCGAUCCUGCAAGGUUAUCAGACCCGAGUCAGAAAUGCCAAGUUGUUGGACAUCGACCCAGAGAUUCCCUACAACUUCUUGUUCCGCGGACCGCCCGGCACAGGCAAGACAACGGCAGCGCGCAAGAUGGGCAAAGUCUACUACGACAUGGGUUUCUUGGCCAGCACAGAAGUCAUCGAGUGCUCCGCCACUGAUCUGAUUGGCGAGUACGUUGGACAUACUGGGCCAAAGGUGCAGCAACUUCUCGAAAAGGCUCUAGGAAGGAUCCUCUUCAUCGAUGAGGCUUACCGCUUGGCAGCUGACAGGAACUCCUUUGCCAAGGAAGCGGUGGACGAGUUGGUCGACUCUGUCACAAAGCCAAAGUACCAGGGCAAGCUCAUUAUCAUCCUGGCUGGUUACGUUGAAGACAUCAACACCCUCCUCAACAUCAACCCUGGAAUGACUAGCCGGUUCCCAGAGAGUAUUGAUUUUGACCCUCUUGGACCUGAUGCCUGCAUCAAGUUGAUGGCGAGUCAACUGCAAGGGUGGAAAGCCAAGCUCAAGGGCAAGAAGCCUAUGGAUCUUUCGUGUCUGGAGAAGCCUCAUUGGCGUUUCAUCCAAAAGUUGGAGGCCAAGUUCCGAGCUCUGUCUUUACAGGAUAGCUGGGCGAACGCUAGAGACGUCAAGGAACUGGCCAAGAAGAUCUUUCACAAGGUUGAUCUCUCCUCUGCAACCCUGAAGAUCACUGAGGCUCUUGUUCUUUCCGCGCUCGACGAGAUGACUGCUGAACGUUCCGGAAGGAUGAACAACGCAAAGAAGCCUUCGACACAGAAGUUUGCAAGCGCACAAGCUGACGGACCAAAAUUCGCGCCCAGCACUCAGACCAGCAGCUCAACAAAAGCCCAAGAGAAGCACAGUGACGAUGAAUCAGAGGAAGAACAAGAUGCCGGCUCGGCAAAUCCAAAUAGCAUCAGAGACCCCGGUGUGAGCGAUGCAGUCUGGGAGCAACUCCAGAAAGACAAGGAAAAGGAAGUCCAAGAGGAGAAGAAGCUCCGGCAACUCAAGAAAGCCCAGAAGGAUGCCAGUGAUGCGGACAGAGAGAGACUCGUGCGGGAGAUAUUGGCCGAGGAAGACAGACGCAAGCAGAUCGAAGCGAAAAAGGCAAAGCUCAAGAGCAUGGGAAUAUGCCCUGCUGGAUUUCAUUGGAUCAAGCAGGGUGAUGGAUAUCGGUGUGCUGGGGGAGCCCACUGGGUGCCCAAUGAGGCCAUAGAGAAGAUGUAGGGGCAUGUAUGGUCUGUUAAACGACAAGUUGUUCGGUGUAUGGCAUAGUUAGUCGAGGGUUGAUCCGAGACAUCCGUCUCUUGUCUCAGUCUAGCUAGCCUAAAAGCUAUUAUCUACAAAUUAAUCUACG